AUGGCGGGCACUUGUUCAAUGCUGUGUUUGAUCAUUAUCACUAUCUUCAUCCCUCCACUGGGCGUCUUUCUCAUUUCCGGCUGUGGCGUCGAUUUCUGGAUCAACGUUCUUCUAACCAUUCUCGGAUACUUCCCCGGACACAUCCAUGCCUUCUACUUGGAAUAUGUGUACUAUGACCGCCGCAAUCGGGAUCCUAUAACUCGCGCAACUCAGCGACCUGCGCCGGGCGUGUACUCGGAUCGCAUUCAAAGCGGUGGUCACUCGCAUGCGCGCAACUACGGCACCGUCUAA